AAGAAUAAUUUAAAUCAAACGAGACCCAUAGUCCGGUGGACCGUCAGGAGUUCGUGAUGAUGCUGACAUGGGGUUCCUCCACGCUCGGCGAUGGGCUCGUGCUCCCUCUAGUCUUGCAGGUGUACCUAAGCUACGGUGUCUGCUUACCCUCAGGCCAACCAAUAUACAGCGACAAUAUGACGGCAGCGACGGCCAUAGUUCUACUCCUGCUCCCAAUAUUAACGCUGGCUAAUAUAGAGAUUGACGUCACAGCCUCAGACGAAGCGGGGCAACAGAACAUCAUCGCUAUAGGAACCAAUGAAGCGAUAAUAAGUGACCUUGAAGUCCAAACAUUUCAACUGACCGACGAAAAUUUGAAAAACGCAGUCAAAAAUCAUUUUGGAGUCAAACCGGACGAUGUGUUCGUCAAAAGUCCGACGCCUUGGGGAGAUUUAUACGUCCUUAACGAAUGGGAACAGGUAUCGAGAAUCCUAAGGCCGGUUGAAUCAAAGGUAUUGUCAGUCGACUUCAAACCGUUCCUGGUAUUCAGUCAGUCUUUCAACAAUACGAGUACCAAGCCAGCGGUCUUCAAAGCUCACAUUUCGCAAAACGUCGAAGAUACUGUCUCUUCUGUUUGGGAGAAGUAUUGCGAAAUAUCGGCGUCGAAAGACAUUAAAUACGGUUUCGAUAUUAAAGCUAUGGGGGUUUCUGGAAAUGCGGCUUUUUCUUAUAACUCGAAAUGGGGGGAAUCUGUUUUAAAAUUUGAAAGAGUUACAGUUGGUUCACAAACUGGGUUAGAUAUAUAUUUGAACGCAGGUCAAAGUGUGAUCGCCGACCUUGUAGCGACACGAGGAAUCAUGAAGAUCCAAGUUAACUAUGUAGCCAGUUUAACUGGAACCGUGGCGGUGAAUUACGCUGAUACGUUCAAGGGUCAUCAUUUCUGGUCGGUGGAUGUCAAUAGGGUGUUGCAAGCCGGGGGUCUAAAUAGAACGGUUUGGUCGACUGAACUCAUAGAGUUUGCUUUCUAUGUCAAGUCCCGCGUUGACCUCCGGGAUGUGGAUACUAAUGAGACGCUUAUGACUCUCUCUCUGAAUGUAUUUUGAUCGUGGAUAAAGCACUUCAAGAUAUCCACCUAUCUUCAAUGGAUGUUUAACUUUAUAGCGAUGUAUUAAGGUCUAUUUUAAUGUGACACAUUGUGGCAGGUUGAUGUGCUGUAUUAUAUUCUUGAUUUUUUUU